CAUAAGUUUGCUGUUUUUGUUAUUUUUUUUUUUAUUUUGAAGAGGCAGUUUUUGAGUUCUAUCAACAUUUAAAAAAAAAAAACUUUAAUAUAACAAUAAGGGCAAUCACAUUUAUAAAGCUGGCAGGAUGUCCGUCCAAGUUUUGCAACCAUCAAUCACCAAAAAAAAGCUUUUCGAAGAUCCAAAUCACACAGACAAAGUUUUCGAAGGAUUUGACACGUUUUACAAAGAACAAAAGUACGUGGACAUCGUCCUUGUAGCUGCAAUUGAUAAUGUCAAAGUCAAGGCCCAUAGAAUUGUUGUGUCGGCUUCCAGCGAUUAUUUUAUGGCAAUGUUCUCGAGUACACUAAAAGAAUCCACUGCCGAAGAAAUUGUCCUUCAGAACAUCGACGGUUCAACAUUGCACUCGAUCAUAGAUUUCAUCUAUUCCGGAAAGUUGGAGCUCAACAGCGAUAUAGUGCAGAACGUCCUGAUUGCUGCAGACUUCUUGCAAAUUAACGAACUCAUUGUGGCUUGUUGCGAAUUUAUGGCUCAUUAUCUGGACGUAAGUGAUUGUCUGGACACGGCGGUCUUUGCAGAAAACCUCAAUUAUCCUGAACUAUCUCAACAAGCCUACUGUCUGGCUGUUAGCAGAUUUGCAGAGCUCUUCCAUGAAAAAGACUACUUGGAAUUGAAUUAUGACCAAUUGCUUAAAAUGAUCUCACACAAGGAAGAUGCAGAUUGCAUUGUAAACGAGGAGACUAUCUUUUUGGGCAUAGUGGCCUGGAUAGAACAUGACAAAGUCAACCGUGAAGCCUUUGUAUUCGAUCUUUUGGCAGUGGUGGAGUAUCAGUUACUCACGCCCAGGUUCAUCAUAGAAAACAGACAUUCCAUUUGUGUAGCACCAGAGUGCUAUGAGAUGAUUCUAACCUGGUUGGAGUGGCAUUUACUGCCCGACGAAGCUCAUGAUUCCCCAAAAGCUGCCCCCAAUAGAAUUGCAAAAAAGAAAAACAUCAUAAUCAUGAUUCCAGGAGAACAAACGACGACUGAGUUGAAGGCGCAAAUGUAUAGAUCGCAAUUGAAUUGGUGGUCAGAAAUGGAGAUUCCCAGUUCGCCGGUAAAGAAGGCAAACUAUGGCGUCGCAUUUAUCAAUGAACAAAUUAUUUUUGUCGGUGGAAAGGCUAAUGCUAAUGGCAUUUUGUCAAGUUCAAGUAGUGUUGAAUGCCUUAAUAUUGGCACCAUGGAAUGGUCUGAGCUGCCCUCAAUGCAGCAAUCGAGGCAUCAAUGCGCUGUUGUCGAAUUGAAUGGGGAAAUGUAUGCCAUCGGUGGAUAUUCGACUCAUAAUAUGCUGAACACAGUCGAAAAAUACGAUUUCUCGACUGGUGAAUGGCAGUAUGUGGCACCUCUUGUCCAUUACAUACGCAUAGCAGAAGCGCAAGUUCUCAACGGGAGGAUAUACGUCCUCGAUGUAGCUAGCAGAGUAAUGCAAUGCUACAAUCCCACAACCAAUAAAUGGUCUUUGACCUCGGUUAAAACUGAAGCCUCCAAAUAUUAUGGAACUGCUGCUGGAUGUGGUUAUUUAUACACUGUGGGUGGAUUUAUCGACAAUGAUCUAACUAAUACUGUCGAGCGCUACGAUCCCAUCAAUGAUACGUGGUCAUUUAUGGCUCCAUUGGAAAAGCCACGAUGUGGUAUCAAGUGUGUUUUCCUGAAUAAUCGAAUAAUUGCUUGUGCAGGACGUGAAAACGAGGGUUUUAGUUGUCGCGUUGAAGAGUACAACCCGAGAACAAAUAAAUGGACGGAAUUGGUACCAUUGUUAAGUGCUAUGGAUGGACGUUCAAAGAUUAUGAGUUAUUAAUGUUUAAUAAAAGUUAUUAAAUUAUGUUUCUAUUUUCAUAA